AUGGCGACCAGUAGGAUAGCACUGCCUGCGACCGAAUUCCCCCUCCAGGUGCCAGUGGGCAUCGGUGGGUACAUGGUGACACUUGAGAUGAAGGACUACGAAGUCCUUCGCGACGAGAAGGCCAAGUUCACAGAACCUUGCUUCGACCUCGGCCUCCCGGGCGGACCUCUUCCCGGCAGGCACUGCAGCGUCCUGCUUGUUGUGCGCCCUGGCGACCUGCUUUUGCCCGACGAGGAGGAGAUCGGGACCUUCUACCGCCACCUCGACCCCAAGACCUCCUCCAAGCGGCACGAGGAGGAGGUGGCCAACGUCGACGGCUA